UGGUGUGUUUCCGGCAUUUCCAUGCACAAAUUUUUCAAAAAUACUGAAGUGAACCACUUUUUACAGAAAACUAAAAAUAUAAUUAUUUCAGUUCCUCGAAAUGAGAAAGCAAAUUGUUUGUUAUUUGAUUUUUGUUUUGUGAAAAUAAAAACACAAAGCUGAUUAAGUGUCAUCUCGUCAUGUAAAGUUCGGACGCGUUGAUGACUAUUGUGUAAAUCAUCGAAAAGCCACGGAUAAUUGAAAUUAAUGAAAUUCUCGCCUGCCAAUCAAGCAUUCAAUUCCUCGUAUAAGAGUUUCCAAUUUUAAAUGCAAAAGUUUAAACAGAAAUAAUUUACGCGCAGCCAACAACAACAACAAAGUGGAGUGAGUACAAAAACCUGCCAGCUGUCGGUGUGUCUGAUUGACGGUGCCGUGGGUGGUGCGGUGCGCCGUUCUGUGAAAAAUAAAAUUAAAAGCAAGCAAACGCGCACGAAUUCCGGCCAUUGUUUGGCUGGCAACACACACAGGAAGACUAACACACAUGCAAAUAUGCAACAUUUGUAAUUAUGUGUGCGCUUCCCGGUUCGCUGCGGGCCUGCUUGUGCUCAUUAACGCGCAAAUGAACGUUUCAUAUGGGCGCGCGCAUAUAUUUCUCUAGAUGCCUAUGUGUGUGUGUGUGAAAUCUGUACAAGUUGAAAUUUUUGAUUUCUGAAAUUGCCAAGCAAAAAUACGAAAAUAUGAAUUUAAAAAAAAUUGAGGUCCGGCAGUGGAAAAUAACGUAAUUAUGUGUAAAAUAUCCGCGAGCGCGCUUUCGAAUGCUUUGCAUAAAAUUGUAGCUUGGAUUGAUGUGGCAACUUUGGUGGCAUAAAAAACCCGUUACGUUGUAUGGUCUUUGGUGUGAUGUGUUUUUAAUGGGUCAAAGACUGCAUUAAAGCCACUGCAGAAGUUGUGUCUGAUCUCCGUUUUGUUGCAAUUCGCAUCGUAUGUGGGUAUGUGUGUCGAGCUCGAGCUGCUGGCAUUCUCCAUUUAGGACCGUGUCGAAACUGAACAUUCUACUUUCUUAAAUACCCAGCAGAGCUUCAUAGCGCUCAACGCUGGCGCCAACAUUUCGCAUUUUUUGUUGCUGUGUGUGUGUGUGUGCGUAUUUUUUCUUCCAAUAAUAAACUAGACGAAAGCAGUUCGAGAAAGGAGGCAAGCGAAUAACUAAUAUGAGUAACUUUUUCUAAAUUUAAGAAAAACUAUCGAAUUUGUGUUCGCCGAACACAUUUUUGCACUUUUCACCCACGCAACGGAAAAGUUAAUUCCUCCUCCUAAAUUCAACAAGAACGCCUCCGCGCUUCCACUCAUAUAACCAGGGGCAAAACAAAACGAAAACGGAAACAACAAGAUGACAUCGAAUACCGCUUUAUUGAGUGCGGCAGCGCACGCGAUGCUUUCCUCCGACCUGUUGCCCAAUGUGAAUCUCUCUAAUUGGGAGAAACUGGUAACCGACGAUGAGUUUCGAGAUUUCAUGAAACUAGUGGAGAAGUACAAGAAUCCCAAUCAUACGCAGGAGACGACUCUACCUAAAUGCCAUGACUACUGCACUGGUGAAUUGUAUCAGAUGCUGCGCACCUACAAUGGCGUGCAUGGAUAUGUGGCGUUGAUGAUCUGCAUAUUCGGCACAAUUGCGAACAUACUCAACAUAAUCGUGCUAACUAAAAAGGAUAUGGCCAAAGCACCUAUUAAUAAAAUCCUCAAAUGGCUGGCGAUAGCGGACAUGUUCGUGAUGAUCGAGUACAUACCGUUCGUUUCUUAUCAGUACAUCUACAUGAAACCAGGCGAGGAGGAUUUCAGCUAUGCCUGGGCGGUUUUCGUACUUUUUCACAUGCACUUCACACAAAUCCUGCACACGAUAUCCAUCGGACUGACGGUGACUUUGGCAAUAUGGCGUUACGUGGCGAUAAGACAUCCACAUGGACGUUUUGCGGCCUUUCUGCUGUCACAUUGCACCGAGGCGAUAAUAUUCUCCUUUAUUGUGUCACCGAUUGUCUGUUUUCCAACACUCUUUGUGUUCAAGGUGCGCGAGAGUUAUGUGGAGGACAGCCAGGAGCCGUUGUAUCACGUCUACGCGGACGAGGACACGCAAUUGUACAGAAUCAACUUUUGGAUACACUCGGUGAUAAUUAAAUUGUUGCCCUGCUGCAUACUAACCGUUAUCAGCUUCAUAUUAGUACGAGUGCUAUGUGAGGCGUCGAAGCGAAAGCAAAAGCUGAAGGACUACAACAAUCCUAAUAAAACUGGCAGCGCCAACGGUGGCGCGAGCUGUGCCGGGGAAAUUCCUUUAACGGAGCAGCGGCACUCACAACGUCCCCCGAAAUGUGAUCGUCGCACUGACCGCACCACAAUGCUGCUGGUCGCCGUACUUAUACUCUUCCUGGUCACCGAAUUUCCGCAAGGCAUACUGGGUCUACUGUCGGGUGUGUUGGAGAAAUGUUUCUUCUUCGUUUGCUAUCCACCAUUCGGUGAAAUGAUGGAUCUGCUGGCGCUCAUCAAUGCCGCCGUCGGCUUCGUGCUCUACGGGCUGAUGUCAAAACAAUUCCGCACAACAUUCAAAUCGUUGUUUUUCAAAAAGAAUUUCGGCAGCAUGGAAAUGACACGAUUGACGCGGGUCACCACGACGUGUGUUUGACUCCGGUGUGGAGGGUCACCUUAACUGCUUUAAAUGCUGCAAACGCUGCAAGGACUGUGUCGAAUGUUAAGCGGCUUACAACAUACAUGCAGACAGACAUAUGUAAGGAUUAAAAACUGGGCAGCUUUGUCGACGACGGACUCUAAUGCGUGUUCGGUGUAAGCAUGCGUACGUUACACAUGUAUGUAUGUGUGUGUGUGCGUGUGCUUAUUUGUAUAUAUGUAUAUGUCAACAAGAUCAUGUAUAUAUACUUAGUGCGCAUUAGCGGUUACUUAACAAUUCGUAAUUUUAGUUUGCAACGAAUUUACAGUUAUGUGCAAUAUAAUAUGCAUAUGUAUCUAUGUACAUAAGUAGCUGCAUAUAUGUAUUGUAGAACAGUAGCAGUUUGUAUUUGUAGCGCGGUGCUUAGCACUUUUGUAUUUAUGUAUUUUUUACAGCAUACCGCUAGAGUCAAGGUGUUCCUCCUGUUGGAAGAUAAAAAUGUUAAUUCAACAGUAAGUUAGCUAAGUGCAUAUGUAUGUACAUAUUAAGUGUGAGUGAGUGCUGGUUUUAUGGAGUGUUUUAUUCGCUCCUUAAUUGAGACUGUCUGUUAAUGUUUGAUGAAAGUUAAAUGUGUUUUUAUAUUUUAGCUUGUUAAGUUUUAUAGUGAAUUAAGCUAGAUUUUUAUAGAUUCAGUAAUUUAAUGUUAAUAAUUAAGAAGACCUAAGUGUUAAUGUACUGCUUUAUACGAGAAAUUCAUUGAAAAUAUGAAGUAUUAAUGAAAAUAAAUAAAUAAAUAAACCGUGAAAUUAAACAUUUUGCCAAGCACAGCAUUUGAAACAUGCUAAUAACCGUUAAUUAAUAAAUUUGUGAACUAAAUAGAUAUACCUAUAUUUAUAUUGUGGUGUCCAUUAUUACCAAAAAUAACUUUUUUUACAAAUGGCCGCUAAAGUUUUAGUUUUUGACCUAGGAACAGCAUCCAACGCAAACAAGCUCUUUAUUUUCAAUGUAAACUUUGCCUAACUCAUGCAGCCAUAGACGUUUAUUUAAACGCACUAAAAAUGCUUGAUAUUUUUCCUAUUAAACUUAAAGUAUAGCUAAGAAGUGUAUACAAAAAUAUGCUAAGUGAUCACAGUCCUAACGAUAUACUCGUUGAUCUCCUCUCGUCUUCGUGACGCCUUUAUAAAUGUGAAGAGUCAGUACGUAAAGCGAGUUUCUCAUCCGAAGCUGCUUUCUUCAUUUCAUUGCGAGGGUUUAACCCAGCGCACAACUCUUAGCUCGCCUUCAAACGGAUGUUUUUUAUCUGACCAGAGGAUACGUGGUCUAAGGCCGAAAGUCGUAAGCUGCUUGAACCAUAUGUAAAAGAAUCGUUUCUGGCCACUCACAAGUGAAUGACGCUUAGAGAAUUUUCCUCACUUGCAUGAACUUCUACACAUAGCUUCAUCCUCUCUCAGCUGAGGCUACUGAGUCUUUCAGGCUAUAGCAGAUCUUUGAAGUACCGAAAGAGACAUUUGAUUAAGUAGAUGCUUUAAGUAUAAAAAUCAUAAAUUUUUUUCAACUUUUUUUAAUUGUAUGAGUAAGUAUCGACAAUUUAAAACCGAAAUAAAAUAUUUGGAUUAUUAAAAAAAUUUGGUCAUGAUCAAGGAAAAAUCGUUAACUGCUUCGGAAAUUGAAAAAAUUAAUUUUUUAAUGAACAACACAUGUCGAAUCGCCAUAUUGCACUCAAAAUUGGCGGAUCUGAGACAGUUGUUCGAAAUUUAUUUAAAAAGCAUGAAAUUUAUGACAAGAGACCAAAGCUACAAGGUGAUAAAAAGCUGAGCUUUCGUGAGAAAGGCCGCAAUCGUGACGAAGCCACCAAAAACGGGCAGGCAUGUGCACAAAUAAAAGAAAAAUUAUGUCCACCAAAACGAUGAAACGACAUAUUGCGUAUAUUUUAAUAGCAAUCAGGGGCAUAAAAUGGAAGAAAAUGGUUAGUUUGUCGAAGAUGCAGAGAAGAGGUUGGCGUUUGCUCAAAAAUAUAUUCACUAGAAGAAAAAGUGGGAAUACGUGAUGUUUUCGGAUGAGAAGAAACUCAAUCUUCAUGGUCCUGAUGGUUUGAGCAUCUCUUGGCAGGCUACCGGCGAAAAACAUGGCCAACGAAUGAGGCGUAAGGCAUUGGAAGGGGCUCUUUAAUGGUAUGGGGUGCUUUUAUGGACAAUCUUUGUUUGUCGACUGAGGACUUUACUUCUCUAUUGCCUACUCAGUCCGAAGUAGCACGAGUUAUUCUGCUUUAGAUUUGGAGGCUGAUAUUGUUCUUGGUGUUAAUGCUGGUUCGAAAAUAAACGAAAUUAUCUACUACUUCGAAGCUAAAACUGUAAACAGUGAAGUGGGAGCCAAGUCACGGGUGCGACGACUGCUUCUUUGAUGACAGGAAAAAUUUCGCAUUGCUCUCGUUCACUACCAGACGCAUUUGCUUCGCUUGCUUAUUCAGUUUGGAGAAAUCAGAACUAAAUGACUGAGUAUGCACCAAAAAAACAAUGCAUUUCUACCCUUAUUUCUUAUAAAAAGUUUCUACCCAAAAUAAAUUAUUUGAAAAAAAAAAUUAAUUAAUUAAAAAUAUUUUUAAAAUGAUCACCCAAUGCUGGGUGCUAUUGCAAAAAAAAGUAUGUAAAUGCGUUUAAUCAAAUGUCUAUGACUGUAUCUCUUUUCCCAUGUGAAUAACAUGUGAUUUUUUGAUCAUUUGGAAUAAUUUUUUUUCCAAACCAAAUAAACCUACAACUUUUAAAAAAUUAUAUUCAAACACAAAAUCUUCUGCCUUCCAAAAAAGUCGCGCUAUUUUUCAUAAAAACAUUUCUUUAAAAGUUUUACGCUGUUAAAGUUAUAUAUCAGCCCUUGUAUAUGAAUUAAUGCAGUACACAAUGUCGUAUGAGCAACACAGAAUGCAUAAAUCACUUGUAUGAAUGCUCAAUACAUUUGAUGUGUAACUUAGAUUUCAUUGAUUUAAAAAUAGAAUAUCAUUAUUUUAAAGUUCAAGUUCAUUGAUUGAAUACGAAAUAUGAAAAAAUUCCACCUGGAAGAAGGAAUAUGAUUUAGACACGGUUUAAAUUGAAAAUAAAACGCUUUUUUGCGUUAGAUGCUUCACUUUAGAGCAAAACCUGAAAUUUCAGAGGACGUCUGGAGAAACAAAUCAAUUUGGGCCAUAA